UGUUCGCCUGCGUUCACAAUUCAAAUUUCAAAUCGCGGUUUUGUUUUUUUAUUUAUUUUUUAAAUUGGUUUUAGUGUAACGUGCCAAAGGACAAUGUUGAAGUUACUAAUACUAUCAGUAUGCCUAUCGCAAGCGCGGUCGCUAAACAAGCAAGCCCUCCUGGAUCUGCCCACAGCAGCCUCCAGAUCCCAACUGACUUUCGCCAUCGAGAACAACUUCGAUGACACCGGCCCCGGGGCCAAGGGCCGGGAGCUUGCGUACAAGACCUUUAACAACUUAGAAGAAGCCCUCAUCAAUCAUAUCAGUGAUCCAGAUACUAAGCUACCAGAUUCGCAAAGGGAUAUCGCCAUAAGGCAGCUCACAGGAAGCCAAUACACUCCACAAGCUAUAGAGCUGUCAGCGUAUAACAAGCCAAUCAUCAGCUUCCCGCGACGACCCGCCCAGCAGAUUGAGUUUCGAAGUCCUCUGAACUUCGUGAGAGAACCUCUCAAGCAGCAUUACCAGGGUGUGAGGGAGAGGCCCCUGAACUUGGCGCACUAUACCAAGGAUCCUGACGUGUCGGAGACCCAGGAGGAGUACAACCCUAACCCACAGUACAGCUUCUCCUAUGACAUCCACGACAAACAAACCGGCGACUCCAAAGCGGCCCACGAGACCCGCGACGGUGGCGUGGUGCGGGGCUACUACACCUUCGUGGACGCGGCGGGCCAGCGCCGCACUGUGCGGUACACUGCUGACGACGAGAGAGGCUUCCAGGCGACUGUGCACACUGACCAGUAGUUGGCCCGCAAUGGAUGACAUGGGGUUUCUUAUAGCAUCAAAACAGUAUUACUCCCGAUGCCUUGGAAGCAGGCAUUCCACCAAGAGAUAGAUCACGUUGUCUUCUUUGUGACGGAAACUAUCAGACCUCUCAAGCGAACCUGUGGAAUAGCAUCUUCAGAUUACAGCUAUAACUUACACUACUCUACCUCUAGGCUACGCUCAUAAGACCUACUACCUAGUAUCUAGAUAGACUUAAUUUAAAGCUAUAUUAUUGUUACUCUUUUUGUAUUGCACGUAUUUAAAGUUCCAUUUGUGGUAAAUACUCUCUCUAGUUAUUCUGUGAUAUCCUACUAAUAUUAUAAAUGCUCGCUUAAUUUAAGUAAUGCUCACCUCGAGUAUACUGUGUAACCCAGAGCUACCUGGUACCUGGCUUAAAGAAUGAACAUAUCACUAUCCAGCGAGGUAAAACUUAUAAAUUUUAGGCGCUCUGCCUGACAUUGACAAGCUGUUGUGUAGGGCAAUUCCAUUGUGCAUAAGUUUUUA